AUCUUUAUCUGUGCUUUGCGUUACUAAUACUGCAAUCCUCAAAAUAUAUAUAGUCGACUGCUGUAUGUGGCAAUGACUCGCGCCAAAUGCUUCUUAUACUGCACAUUUGCUCAGACGCGUAUGGUUUGGGGUAACGCUCAAUAUGGUAGCUUGUCUGAAUUUUUAUCAGACAUGCCCCAAACAGCAUACACUCGACGCACUCCCAAAUUGGACUCAGAGGCACGAGCUUGGGUAGCAGAUGUAUUGCGUUUACCGUAUCGAGAGAACUGCACAUUGCAACACGCCGGUGAUGGCAUUUGGAUGGAUGAAGAACGACAAUGGUCCAAAUGUGACAGCGAUAAAGCCGAAUCCGGCUAUGCAUCUAAUCGACGAAAUUAUUCUCCUUACUCUCGUAACGGGUUUAACUCUGCAUCAUAUUCUUCGCGCGGUGGUCGAUCUGGUGCCUUUGGGUUGAAGGGCAAUCGCUCAGGUGCUACAACAACAAUGACAGCUACACCACGACCCAAAGCAACUGCCCAAUCCGUCCAAUCUAAACCGUAUGCAUCGUUUGGAUCCGCUGCUUUUGUCAAAGAAGACGUGAUAUCUGAUUAUAAGAAAACAACGAACGUCAGCGAUAACAAGUCAGAAGCAAGUUUCAAGCGUAAGCGAGAAUACGGUGUUGGAACUGCCCAUUUGCGCAAGAAUUAGGUGACAUAGAUAUAAAACACUUCAAUAAGUAAUGACCCCGUGCUUUUCCAUAUUUGUUCUCUCUCUCAUGAUACCAACUUCACUUCCCACUUCCCUCCCUCCCCCUCGUAUGUAUUUGCUC